UCUGUACAGGGGAGAAGUUGUGGCUAUACGGCAUGAACUACCCUUACAAGACGGAAGCCUGCGUCUACUUUAAGACAGAAGGCUUGUCAGAUAAUGAAUUAAAUUAUACAUACAACGUACUAUUGGACAGUGAAUGGCUAUCACUUCCACACCAUGGAACCUUCUUCAAGGAUGAUGGUGAAACCUACUACAUAAAACAAGCAUCCCGCAAUAGCUACAACAGUAUGACAGCAGUGAAACAUAAAGAUAAUCCAGACAUAAGAGAUUACAGGCUGGUGUAUGAGAAAGACGGCUGCGCUGUCUUCCGGGUGCCUCGUAAACUCAAUGGACUGGGAUGCAUGGUUCUCCUCACUCAUUCCGUGGUAGUCACAGGAAUGGAUAACGCAUGUAAAAGCUUAUAUGGUAAUGCCUGCGGGGCUAGACCCCCAUUAAAUACAGUGUUUAAAGAGUCUUGCAAAAAAGCCUUAAUAAGUUCAUGAAUAAAUAAAGCACUAAAUAACGUUU